ACAACACCAAAGUGGCUGAUUUAAACCAUCUGAUAUUUACUAUUUAUCCGCAAUCCUGACAGAACCAUGAACGAUCUGAACCUGCGCGUGGCCGCCUUGAAGGUGUGUGCUCACCCCAAGAGAUUUGCCGAGCUGCGCGACGCCCUUGUGCCACUGCCCAACACGUGGAUUGCCGCGCCACAUGACUUUGUGCUCCAGUUCGCGGCGGCCAAGAGCAGUGCGGAGCAGGUGCAGGUGGUCAAGGAUGUCUUUUACGGGGAGCAGGCGCAAGAUCAUGAAGAUGUAGCCCACUUCCUGGCGGAUCUCCUGCUGGCCAGUCCCCUGAAGCACGCCGUGCGCAACCAGCUGACCAAGUACGACUCUUCUCGGACAAUGCGCUGGCCAAACAGAAUGCGUCGCCACAUCGCAGGCACUCGAAGGAGCACCUGCUGGAGGCUCUGCAGCAGUCGCUCGGCGAAAUGGCCAACAGUCUCGCAGUGAUCACGCCGCCUGUCAGCCACGAGCGCACCAACGAUGUCUUCGUGUCCGCCAACGCCUGCCUGCAGAACUUUCCCUUUGGACGGGAGGCCCUGGGCAAACAGGUGCAUCGCUUUGCGCCGCUGCUAACUACCGCCUUGGAGCGCUACUGGGCGGACAUUUGACAGUGACCCUACGCUGGAACUCUCGCCAACGCGUCGCAACGAGCUCUACUUGUACGUGCAGAAUGCGCUGCGGUUCUUGGUUAGUCUGCUGGCCGAGUGGAGCGACAAGUUGCGCCUGUUCGAGGAUCAGCGGUUUCCGGGCACGUCGAAUGCGGUGGCCCAAAAGGUGGCUCGCUACUACGACACUCCGUGGGACGUACGCUCCAUUGCCGCCCUGCUGAUCGGUCACCUGGCUCGGUUUUCCGGAACAUUCAAGGCGUAUGUCGAAGACUGCUCGAGGCCAAAGGCAGAGCAGGAUGUUCCCAUACAGAUGGCCGCCCUGCUCGUCCUGCGGCCCGUCGAUUAUACAGAAAACGCUACACUAGCACUGGCUAUUCUGAAGAGGAUCGUGGCCGUCAGCGAGCUGAAAAGCACCGUGACCAAUCUGCUUGUCUUCCUUUCCAAGCAUCUGUUCAUUUACUCCAAAUCGCUGGGCGAGAUGCACGCCCAUCUUCCUGACGACCAGAAGUUGCUAUACCAACGGAUCUUGGCACAGCUGCAGGUGUUCGCCCUGCAGAAUAUCUCCAGUGACACGGACUCCGUGCGCCACAUGAGCAGCGCCCUGCUGCACCAGGUGCUGCAGCACGCCCAGGCCGCCGGCCAGGAGGAGCUCUUCCAAGUCGUCUAUCGCCAGUUUGAAGAUCGUGCUGCAUACCUAAAUGCCAGUUGCAUGGCACUGGAGCAGCUGGUUGCGGUGGCCGGAGUCAGCAAGUCCAUCGAGAACUGUCCUUCGCUGUUCGGAGUCAUAUUCCCGCGCCAUCUGGGCUGUGAGGAUUGUGUGGAUGCCCUGUUCAAAGCCAUGAUGGUAUCGGCCCACAAGACGGAACCCUUCGCCGAGUGGCAGAGCCGGUGGUUCGGUCUGCUUUUGGCGGCAAUCCGCGUGCCGGAGAAGCGCCGCCAGGUCAUUGAGGAGCUGAUCGCACAGGCCGUACAGCUGGAGCCAACGAGACUGGCGCAAGUGCUCCUGCCAGACGACCGGCUGCCGCUUAGCUGCAAGCUGGCGGCGAUUCUGGGCGUGAGGCAACUCAGCGCCAGGCGGCAGAAUCUGUUGCGUGGCAUGAAAGAGGAGGUGGAACAGGCCCUCAUCGGACUGGACGACCACACGCGCCUACUGGCGCUGCGAUUUCUGGUGGAGACGCCGCGUCCCAGCGAACUUUUAAAUGCCGACCAAAUGGGCGCCAUUGAACUUUACGUGCGGCACAAUGCCAACAAUCCUAGCGCCCAUCUGCGGCAGCUAGGCUACGGUCUGCUGCAGAAGGCCCUCAAGAGAGUCCAUUUCGGCCUGGUCGAGUACCGGAAGAGCCGCACGCCGGCGUCGCAGGAGGUGCUCCAGUUCCUAAUACGGCUUAUCCGCACUCUCGCGCAGAAUCUGUUUCCCACGGCGAACUACGGACGACGCUGGCUUUCGCUGCGCUUGCUGCGCGAUUGCCUGGAGUUAAGCGAGAUGGUGGGCAUAACGUUCAGCGAGUUGGGAAUAGAGCUGCCCACAGAGGCACUGAUGGCCUGCUUGGGCGACAGCUACGAGCACAACAAAGUGCUGGCCGCUCAGCUGCUGGAGCGAUUUCAAUCCCAUUCCCUCUUCAAGCCGGAUGAGAUGAUCGAGCUGCUGCUCUCCCUCAGGCCAUCGGACUCCGCCACCGGAGCCUUCCAGCUGCAGGUCUAUUGCAAAGCCAGUCGAGUGCAAAGCGAGAUGCCCACGCCAACGCACGGUGGCACAAUCCACGAGCCGCUUACCUUCAGGGCAUUGCAGUGGUGCCUGCAGCACUUGAGGGAGGGCCUGCGUCUCGCCCAGCUUGAUCUUGGCGAGGCGGCCAAGCUGAACCCUUUGUACGGCCUGCUUUUUGCCAGCCGGCAUCUGCUGCAGCAACUCAAACUCAAGGAACUGGCGAAAGAGCCUCAGUGGAGGCAGUACAUAGACGAGCUAGUGACCAUGUGCCUGGCAGUCAGCAGCGUAGUGCUGCCUGUGGUCAGCAGCGCUUCCCCCGAAGGCCACCUGCCCGAAACCUGCGACCAGGAGACGGAUCAGCCGCUGACCAACGUGCUCGACCGUCAGUUGAGCCGCGAGGAACUGCUGCAGGUGCGCACGACGCCCCAGAUGAUACUGCUGUGCGCUUGGCGCAGCAGCAAGGAGGUGUGCCUCAUCCUGGGCGAGCUUGUCCAGCGCGCACCACUGGAGGAGGAGGAGGAUGAGGAGCAGCAGCAGCAGCAGGGCGACUUCCUGCUCAGCCGUGCUCAGCUGGAGGCCAUCGGGGAGCAUUUCCUGCAACUGCUGGCCGAGACGAAGCAUCGCGGCGCCUUCGAGCAGGCCUACGUGGGAUUCACGAUGCUGUGCCGCCGCUUCUGGCACAGCGAGUCGGUGCGUCUCAACCAGCUGCCCGGCCAGUGGGUCGACGAGGCCAUGGCGAUGGUCAGCGGCCAGGAGGAGUGGGCAGGCAAGGGUGCCCGCCUGUGCGCUACGCGCCGCAGUGCCGGAAUGCCCUUCAUGCUGCAGGCGCUGGUCGGCACGGAGCUCAAGCUGGGCACCCAUGCCACUCUCUAUCGCUGCAUGAACCGCCUGCUCGAGGUGUGUGAGCGCCGGACAGGUGGAGCCGCUGGUAUCACCGCCCGCAGCCACGCCCUCAACAUCAUGCGCGCCCUCUUCCGCAGCAGCGAACUGGCCGAGCUGGUCACCGAGUUCAUGGCCCGCGGCAUUCAGUGCGCCCUCGACGGACUGCUGCUCGCGGAGGAGUGGGCGGAGCGCAAUAGCGCCACUCUGCUGCUGGCCGCCCUCAUCGUUCGCGUCUUUGGCGUGGAGCGUGCCCGCCUGGAGACCGGUGAGCUGCACGUGCGCAACCGCAUGACGGGACGCAUCUUCUUUACGCGCUAUCCGCAGCUCUUCGACUACUUCCACGCCGCCCUGCAGCGCGAGUCGGAGCAGAUGGACGCCGGCGGCGGGGGCAGCGAGAACGCGAGCGGGAAGCGGCGGCAGGCGGUCCAGCUGGAGGCCAUGCUGCUGAUGCUCAGCCGGCUGUAUCCGUCCUCGCUGGAGGGCGCGGAGUCAACCUUAAAUCUCAGCGAGUUUGUGCCCUUCCUGAUAAGGAUCUGCCACUCCCACGAUCUGAUGACACGUGAAAUGGCUGCCCUGGUGGUGGCCAACUUUGUCACCCAGGAACAAGCGCUGGCCGAGAUCAGGCGCAUCGUCGUGGAACUUAAGGCACUGCAGCUACGGCUAAAGAACACCGAGGCAGCUAACACCAAGCUAAACACCAAUGUCCUGCACGGCCAGUUGCUUCUGCUGCUGCAUCUACACCGCUUGGUUCGCUGGACACGUCCUUCGUUGACCAGAAUGCAGCUACACACCCUCGCCGAACUGGCAGCUCCGCUCCUACAGCACGACGCGUGUGCAUUCAGUGCGCUGGUGGCGGUGAUGGUGGCUGCCAUGGAGGAUGCCGUGGAGCCCGGCUUGCUGGAUUUCCAGCUGCUGGAGCAGAUUGGCGUCGUUUAUCUGCUGAAUCAUAAGGAGGUCCAAAGCCGUUGCCAGCAGCUGGGUAUCUCCAACCGUUUCUAUCAGAUCUUUGGCCUCCAUCUGCACCGUCUACGCGGCAUUUCCCAGGGAAUAGUGCUGCACAUCGUCGAGGAUCUGGCCGAAACCAUCUGGGCUCUGGACGAGCUGAAAGUGGAGCUGUGGCUGUACAUUCUUCUACAGAGAUCCCUAAGCGAGCAGAAUUCGCUGGUCAGUGAGCAGGAUAUCGAGCACUUUGAGUUUUCACGCGACAUUCGCCGAUAUUUCGAGACCCUUAGUCGUGAGCAGCGGGAGGAGGUGGGCCAGGAACUGUAUGAAUCGCCGGCUGUUCGCUCGAGCGUUCUGCACAUGAUGCACAUGAUCAAAAGCUCAAAGAACAGCUGUUGGAGCCUUCAGCUGGCCGGUCGCCUGGCCGCCUUGCAAACCCUGCUUCGAGAUCCGGGACUGGAACUGAAUCAGUUAGUCCAGCGCUGCUCAGAGGAGCACUCCACCCACCAGGAGGCGGGCUUGCUGCUCGGCCUGCGUAGGCUGAUCGGCGAAAGCAAGAUGCUGGAGCGAAAGCACUGGCUGCCCAUGCUGAACUACGCGCAGCGACUUGUGCAUCCUGGCCAACCGGUCUAUCUUCGCCAUCAGGCUGCCGAGCUGUGCGAUUCGCUGGCUCGCAAUCACCUGCGUGAUCAACUGGUUGCAGGUACCACAGAUGUGGACAUUGGGUUGGUCGGACGCUUUAGUGGACUGGUGCUGCUGCUGCUGCACGACGACGCGGAGUGGGUGCGUCAUCGGGCUGUCCAGCUGGUGUGCGGCGCUGGACUGCGGACGAGGAGUGGGGCUGGACAGGAGCAAGAGCAGUCUGCCAUGGCGCCACUCAUCCUGCCCAGUGCCUUGAUACCACCAUUCUUGGACACCAUGAUCGGUAAGCUGACCUUCGAUGACUUCAACAUGGUACAGCGCCUGGUUGACAUCAUCGCUGAGCCCUUCACUACCGCCGAUGCAAUGGAGCUGUUCGACAAGCAGGAGAACAACCAUUACUGCGAAAGGAACCACGUUUUAACCGAGCUAUGGGACGCUCGUGGACGAGCAGAUCCACGUGCAAGAACACCAACAAUACCGACGGGGUAUCAAAUAUUUAAGUGACGAUCGCACAUUUAAAACAUAUGUAUUAAAUGUACAAAAGUUUUU